ACGAAAAUUACAGAUAAAGAUGACAACUGGAUCCUAUGUGAAAGUUACCAAAGUCAAGAAAAAGGAGCGUGGGAAGCAGUCAUAUUCAUAUAGCAUUAGAACGCACUCAUUCUUUUGGGAAAUGAUGGGAUAGAAGAAUUCUAGAGACCAAUUAUUCAUUCAGCCUUUGUAGGGGCCGCUAUUGGAGUUGAAAACGCGCUCAUCUCCUGCUCCAGUUGCAGCCACUCUAAGAGGUAAAGUCAACUGUAAUACAGCCAUUAGCCGUGUGGUUUGUUAUCUAUAGAGUGUGGAACUCUUAAUUUAUGAACAGAGUGCUUAACUCUUUAGUUUCAGUGACCAAAAUUCAAUCUCCGAAAACCUCCAAUACCAAAUAAAUAUUAACAGCAGUUAGGAGGUAAGAAAGAUGAAGGAUAUCCAAAGUUGGCUAAAUCUCAUCCCUAAAUGGGAGUAUCAAGCAGGCCCCAGCACGUUCCUAAGCUAGUGCUGCAAGCUGAACUUGCCUACAAAAUGGAAAAGCGGAACAUCAAAAAUAAAAGUAUACCCCACCUUUUUUUUUUUUUUUUGUCUUCAUUGGACAAAUAUAUGAUAGCAUUAACAAUGGGUUCCAUGUAUGGUACUUAUGGACAACUAUAAAUUAGCAUAUGUUCUGGAGUCCUGAGGCCAAAAGCUCUGCACUGAGUUACAUUAGCAGCAAUGAAAGUUACUGUCGGAUGGUUGCUGCUGCUAUUGCCUUGCUACUUUUCAGGUUUUCCCAUUUCAUCAUGCAAGGGAAACCAGAUUGACAAUCUCAACAAGUUGAUCGAAUCUCGCAAAUCCUCUAACCCUCCUCGCCCAGAGGCAUGGGCUCAACUAGAUGAUCAAGGAGAUAGUCAUAACUCUCCAGUGUAUGUAGGAUCCCAAAAAGGGUUGAUGCAAGCUGACAAGAUCAACACGCUGCCGGGUCAGCCUGAAGGAGUGGAUUUUGACCAGUAUGCAGGCUAUGUAACAGUAGACCCAGUGGCUGAUCGAGCUUUGUUCUAUUAUUUUGUGGAAUCACCAGUAAAUUCUCCCAAAAAGCCUCUCGUUUUAUGGUUAAAUGGAGGUCCAGGAUGCUCGUCUUUCGGAUAUGGAGCCAUGCAAGAACUUGGACCUUUCAGAGUAAACAGUGAUGGGAAAACGCUUUACCGAAAUGAAUAUGCAUGGAACAAUGUUGCAAACGUGCUCUUUCUGGAAUCACCAGCAGGAGUUGGGUUUUCUUAUUCAAAUAAUUCCUCUGAUUACACCAAAGUAGGUGACAAGAGAACAGCACAGGACUCCUACAUUUUUCUCCUCAACUGGCUUGAAAGAUUUCCACAGUAUAAAACACGCGAUUUUUUUAUAGCUGGUGAGAGCUAUGCUGGCCAUUAUGUUCCUCAGCUUGCUUAUUAUAUUCUCUCAAGAAACAACAACACAAAUCAAACCGUCAUCAAUCUCAAAGGAAUUGCUAUCGGAAAUGCUUGGAUAGAUGAUGACAUUUGUACGAAGGGAUUGUUUGAUUACUUAUGGACACACGCUCUCAACUCUGAUGAAACCAAUGAAGGAAUUAACAAGUACUGCAACUUUGCUAGUGAAGACUCAGUCACCAAGAAGGCAGAUGUAGACAACAAUACGGUCCAAUGUAGAAAGUAUCUAAGUCAGGGACUAAUAGAGUUCGGAGGCAUUGACUUGUACGGUAUUUAUGCCCCUUUAUGCAAUUUCUCGGCACUAAAACCUGGCUCAAAUGGUAAUGUCAUGAGCUUUGAUCCCUGCUCUGAUGUUCACGUUGAUUCCUACCUAAAUCUUGACGAGGUACAAGCAGCUCUUCAUGCCAAAGCUACAAAUUGGUCAGGUUGCAGUGAUGUUGGAUGGACAGACUCCCCAACAUCGAUUCUUCCAGAAUUGCGGCACUUAGCAAGAGAGAUUAGGGUGUGGAUAUACAGUGGUGACACGGAUGGUCGGGUUCCAGUGACAUCCUCUAGGUACGCCAUCAAGACCCUGGAACUUCCGGUAGAGACUGCCUGGCGGCCAUGGUACUCUAAUAGUGAGGUUGGAGGAUAUGUCGUUGGCUACAAGGGAGUGACUUUUACCACAGUUCGGGGAGCUGGACACACAGUUCCAAGCUUCCAGCCAGAGCGAGCACUCACCAUGAUCACAUCUUUCCUUCAGGGGAAACUGCCUCCAGCCCAUCCUUCUCCUCCCUCUUAACAAAUCCAUUGAGAAUCGUCAUAGUACUUGAAGCAUGGUAAUCAUCUUAUUCUGAAAUUCCAGAACUUUAUUGCCAAGCUGACAUGCUUUCUCUAUACAAUUUGCAUAAAAGAUAAAGGGAAGGAGAAGACACAUCAUUGGAAUGGGCUCUAAAGAUAUUGAACCACUUCUCUGCAGAUGGAAUUAUUUUUAAAAGUUAAAGAAAUGCAUGGACAAUGUAUCAUUUUGUUUCUAUUUUUAACAAAUUUCUACGAAGAGAAAAUCAUUUUAGUGCAAUUUUAGACAAGGUUUUUACAUUA